UUUGUGUGCGGUUUAAUGGAAUUGGGCAGGGCUGGAGUCAGCGAUUCUGCUUCGAGAGUACUGUCUAGAAAACGGCGGUAUGUUACGUUCCCUGAAGGCUCCAGUUUCUCGUGCGCCGGUUGCAUGACAGUCGGUAUGAUCGGCCAACCGGCCCCGUCCUCAGCUCCAGGAACCUUCAACUUCGGGCUCAACUGGGGUAUCGCCUACGAGCUGCCCAAUGCCACAGAGACCCUGGCGGCAUAUCACAAGAAGUACAGGCUGGGCAAGCCGAUGGCGCAGAGGAGGAGCAGGAGAGACUUGUAUGAGAAGCUGGAAGCUAUUCUCGAUAAUAUGGGGUACAGUGGCCGGCAAUGUAUCUUGAAAACCCUGUGUGAGACUACGCAACGUAUUGUGCCGCAUGGUCAGAACAUGGUGGAAGAGAUGUUCAGGACUCUUUUUACAUUACCAAUGUCAAAGGUCUUAUCCGAAGAGCCAAUCGAGCACGCCAUCUAUGACUCGGCACACCGCCUGGGUGUUCUUCUGGAGAGCUGCGACAUGUACACAUGUCCUCUCUCGCUGGUAGACUUGGCCCAGGGCUAUUAUAGUACACCGCCGUCCAAUCUUAACUCGGCGAGUCCGUGGGCCGCGUUCAACAGUAACUUUGGUUAAACGGGAU